AUGGCGGGUGUCGGUGAAGGUACGAUAGAGGUGUCAGGGUACAGCCAAAACACAAGUGACGACACCCUUCUUUUUUAUUUUGAAAACAAGCGACGAUCUGGGGGUGGUGAUAUCGUAGAAUCGGAUAACGGGUUCAGACGGAAAGGAAACCGGUGCUACAUUACCUUUCAAAAUCCAUCUGUUGUACAGUCUGUUUUGUCUCGUGCUAGCCAUGUAUUGAAUGGGAGAACCCUACAAAUAAAAACAGUGCGUCCUGCUGAAAUAGAUAAUAAUAAAUUAGUUAUCAAGAAUAUCUCCGAACAUACGACCAAAGAUGGGCUAGGAUAUUUUCUGAAAGACCUCACUAAGUCUAAAGUACUUAAUAUUGCAUAUCUCAACGAAGACAAGAAUUGUGCCAUAAUCACGUUUGCCGAGUCAAUAAAUGUUCAGAACAUUGUGGCUAAGAACGAAAAAUCCCCUGCCAUAUUGGAUGGAAUAUCGUUGACACUACUACCACUUGAAGAGACAUGCGUGUUACAGGUUUCUGGACUGCCUGAUAGCGUCACCCCUGAUUGGCUGGAAUUGUAUUUCGAGAGUAAAAAACGUAGCGGCGGAGCUGAUGGCGCCGUUGAAAAAGUUGAGAUGCCGGACAGGGAUGUUGCUAUAGUUACAUUCAAAAGUCCAAAAAUUGUUAAAAGUAUUCUGAAGCGCACGCAUAAGUACAAUACACACUUACUCCAUGUGUCACCUUUCUACAAUUGUAUGGAGGAAAAUGACUACGAUGACGACAUCGAUGUUGACAUCGGAUCCGACCAGGAAGAACAGAAUGAUACCAGUAUAUAUGAGCAUACGUACCAUGCACCGAGAAGAGUAACUGAAAGUAAAACUUUCGCUUCUCCAGCUGCAGCAGCGCCCUCUUCGUCACAGCCUUUAGAUUACAAGUUACCAAUUGAUGCGGAUUUAAUGGACUUUAUCGAGAGUAACAGGGUACACAGAGACGAAUUCAAAAAAACCAUGCACCGUGUAAAUGCUGUUGUCAUACCCGGAAAUGAUGAUAAUAUCAUUAUUGUGUCGCCAUCGAAAAGUAUAAGAGGGAAAUCAAAGAUACACGAAUGGGAAACUCAAACCCAAGACACCCUAUUCAAGUUCGUUAAUCAGUUUUCUAUCUACGAAAAACAGCAAGUACCAACUGAUAUUUGGUUGAAUCAUUCUUCUAUGCUGGACGAGUUGUCGACAUCCGUUAAGACAAUUCAAGACAAAGGGGGCAACUCUAUACGACUGAUAGGAAAGACGGUUGACGUGGAGACGGCAGCUGCUAAGUUAGAAAGCGCUAUCAUAAAAGUGAAAGCAGAGAUUGAAAGAAAGGCCCGUCAAAAAACAUCAAAGAUUGCAAGACAAAGUUUAGGCAAGUUAGAAAUGUUGCAGCACGAUUUAGAAGCAAUAAAAAAACGCUUACCAUCCGUUGAUAUAAGGAUUGACUGGAAGACAAUGGAGGUGGUGUUUAAGGGCUGUGCGGAAGAUAAUACAGCAGCAAUGUGCGAGGUAUAUGAGAGUUUCAACAAGUUUAACACAAAGCGCUACGACGUUCAUCCUUCGUUGGCAGGUUUUCUGGACAGUCGAAGUGGAAGACAGCUGCACAAAGAAAAACUGGCAAAACAAAAUAUUCAUAUUGGGUUGGAUGUGGACGGGGGGAAUGUGACAAUCAUCGCAAUGUCUCAAAACGAUAUUCACACAGCUUGGCAGGCACUGCAGCGCGGUUUCGGUGUGGAAGAAGUUACAUCAAAAAGUGAUAUAACGGCAGUUUUCCAGAAAGAGGAUUUUACCUCUAUGGUGGCCGAGCUAGAAUCACGCUACAAAGUUCAAAUUAAUUUUGGCGAAAAGUCUGUUAGUGUUGCUGGGCCAUCUGGAGACUUAAAAACUGUGAAGAAAAAACUGAAUGACUAUAUAAUGGCUAACCUCAAAGGAACUCGUUUCCAGAAAGUUGGAGAAGACAUCAUCCGAUUUAUGAGAAGUCAUCGGUCUACAGACAAAAUUGCUGAAAUUCAGGAGAGGUUAGUUAGAAAAAGUGGACGACUGGUUAUAAAGCACAACGGGUUUCAUAUCGAAGGUAAUCCUGAUGUAAUUGAUGAAGCAUUGGCUGAUCUGAACAAAAUGAUAGAUGCUGUUGAAAGAAAGGCAAAGACCUUGAAAAUAAAAGACAAAUGCGAGUGUAAGUUGUUUAGCACUGACAAGGGAGAACAAUUGGUAAAAAGUAUUGAAACGAAGGUUGAUUGUGCCAUUCGAAUAGAUAAGAAGGGAUCCUUUUCUUCUAUCAGUCGUGGAAGUAGGCCGUCCUUGGAUACACCGUAUACGUCGGUUCGCUCAUCGUCGUCUUCGAGUAGUGUUUAUACAAGAAAGGGAAAGAAAAUAAUCGUAAAACAAGGAAGUAUUGCUGAUGAAAGAGUGGAUAGUAUAGUGACUUCUAUUAGUGGAGAUUUGGAAUUAAGAGGUGGGGCUGCAAAAGCUAUAUUUGAUAAAGGUGGAGAUGGACUUGUUCAGAAAACAAGGAAGCUGGGAUUGGACAAGCCUGGCGACGUUGGCUAUACAAGUCCUGGCAAUCUCAGGUGUAAAGAAGUUAUGCAUUGCAUCUUGGGAAAAUGGGAUAAAGGUCAAGGAGAAAAGACUUUAAGGGAUGUUGUUCGAAAAUGUUUAGGGAGAGCUGGAAGGGCAAAUCACGCUUCAAUUGCUAUACCGAGUCUAGGCACUGGAUUUCUGAGAUUUCCUCAUGGUAAAUGUGCACAGAUUCUUCUUGAAGAGAUCAUAAACUGCAUUGACAAGUAUCCAAGUUCUUCAAUAAAGGAGUUUCGUUUCAUCGUAUUUGACGAUAUGAGUGUCAAUGCAUUUGAAAGUGAACUAUCUAAGCUGCAAGACAGUGCCACUCACACAGUUGAUAAUUCUGAAUCUCGUUUUGUUGGGGACUGUAAUAAACAGUAUGGUAAGGUGGUUGUACAGAUCAAACAAGGCGACUUGACGGCUGCAGAUGUGGAUGUAAUAGUGAAUCCAGUGUUUUCUGAUAACUAUGAACAAGGACAAAUCGGAAAUUCUAUUUUUAAAGCUGCGGGCAGUAGUUUAGGUGCGGAGUAUAAAAGCUUAAAAGACGAUCUUAGGUCAGGACCAAUAAUUACAGGGGGUGGUUCACUGCGUCGUAUUCAAAACGUUAUUCAUAUGGUAUGUCCUUCUGCAUCACAACUAAAGCAAGAGAUUAGACAAUGUCUUUCUCUGGCUGACAUGAUGGAAAUGAAUUCUAUAGCACUACCAGCUAUUGGCACAGGUCGUUUUGGCUUAAGUGCUGGUGAGUCUGCUGAAGGCAUAAUUAAAGGGAUUGAAUCAUUUACAAAGAAUGGUAACCCUCAAAACCUUAGUCGUGUGGAGAUUGUCGUAUUUCAGGCUAGCAUGGUUACAGAAUACGCAAGACGCCUUGGAACUGGUAGCAUUAUUACCCAUGGUGUCACUGGUGAUCGUAAAACUGUUGACUCAGAUGCAGAAGUUACCAUCACAAUCCUAUCGGACAAUGAUAAAGAGAUUCGCAAAGCGGAAGCUGAAAUAAAGAAGAUAUUGUCGGAGGAAAUUACUGUUGAUUACAUUGAAGAUGAUAUUUUAAUCAAAUUAGAGCGGCAGGAUAUCCACAAACUUGUAUCUAUUGGCCGUGAAAACAACGUUUCGGUUAAAUUUCUGACAGUUUUAAAACCAGGUUUCCUGCCAUUGACUAGUAGUGACAAGGGAAAGCUGCAGCUAAGAGGGUUAUCGAUUGAUGUACCUACAUACAAAUUGGAAGUACGCCAUUGGCUACAGAAAUACAAAAAGGCAAAGGAAAUAAAGAAGAAAGUUACUUGGUCUUUUAUUGACGGGCGCAACAGAUAUCCCUUCGACACCAUUUGGAAUUAUGAACUUGAACUUGCGAGACAAAAUGGUGAGAAGAUGGUGUGUCUGAAUGGAGAAGAUGGCAAGCCUAAGUUUCAAGUAGACAUUAGAGCUAUGACGGAAACUAACCUAAGAAAUCAUAAAAAAUACGCUCUUGAACGAGAUGGGCCUGAGGAGCUUACUGUUAUAUUUCCCGACACCUGGAUUCCAUUUCCGAGGGGACAUCUUUCACGGGAACCACUGCAGGUUACCCUCACUGCAGGGUCACCUGAAUAUCAACAGGUGGCUACCACAUUCAAUGCAACAGCUGAUGCAGCGCAAAAUCACCAAAUUGUGAAAAUAGAAAGAAUACAACACGAGGAUCGAUUUAAAGGUUAUUCUUUGAAAAAAAAGCAGUUAGAAAAUAAAAACAAGCGAUGGAAAAAUGAGAGGACAUUAUAUCAUGGCACGAAAAAAGACGUCGUUGAUAAAAUUAUUGUAGACGGAUUCAACCGAUCGUAUGCAGGUGAUAACACCGGUCAUUGGGAGGGCGCAGGGGUCUACUUUGCUGUGAAGUCUGGUUACUCAAUGAAGACGUACUUUUCCCCGGUUGAUGGUACCGGCCAUAGAUACAUCUUCCAAGUUAAAGUACUGGUUGGUAAAUGGGCAAAAGGGAAGGCAGACAUGAAGGAGCCUCCACUUAAAGACGCAAAUGGCACUGACAGAUUUGAUACAACCGUAGACAAUGAAACCAAUCCGUCCAUGUUUGUUAUUUUCCACGAUGACCAAGCAUACCCCGAAUAUUUAAUCACGUUUAAAACGUAAACAAGAACUUACAAAUGUUCUGACAAGAAAUUACAUUAUAAAAAAUAUCCACCUGCAGCUGUAUACGAGCCCGGUCAACGAUAACUGCGGCGGCUGAUAGUAUAUCUUAGAAGGAACCGCGUACGAGUAGAUUUAUCUGGCUUAGAAUCUGCCAUUGUAAUCAUUGUAUAUAAAAUUAAUAUAUUAUUUUCAUGAAAUUGUUGUUUUGAAAAUAUGUCAGGUAGAUGGGUUGUUGCAUAAGACCAACUUAUGAAUAUUCAUAAUCUAACUCGAAACAUGAUGAGCAAUAUUAUUUUGUAACUGCAUAUUAUCUAUCGAUUACAGUUGGGAUUGUAAUUGAUAUAUACUUAUAUUUACGUUGCUAAGCUGUUACAAAAUAAAUAUAAUUAUAAACUUAA